AUGUCAGACCAGCAGAACCCCAGCUUGACCGCAUCCAAAUUAAGAUACCCCCGGCGACCAACUGAGGGCCCCGGUAUCAAUGCCGUGCACAUCAACCGUGCCAGGGAGAUGGCGGCGGUCACCGCAAAUGCGCGACUCCCGUCACACAUGCAGAGCAGAGGCCAGACCGCCAGGCCAGAAACUACACACAGCUUCACCCCACCCAGAGCUGUAAAGGUGCCGGUAUCGCUUGGAAGCAUUGCCGGGUCUAGGGUGUCGAUUCCGGGCCCUAUCCACCCCUCAGGCUGCCAAAACCCGCAGUGUGCCGACUGCGGGUCGAUCAUCAUCCCGGCCCCGAGAUCGUCGUUUCCGGUCCAGGACUCCCCUGUGAUCAAGGUGAACAACUGGUGUAUCUACUCGCUCAAAAAGCCGAUCUUGAACGCCCAGGAGAUCGAGGCGAUGGAGGAGCGCUUGGACUUUCCCGUGCCCGAAAUGAUCUUCGGAAACAACCACAUCUUUAUCAAGCACGAAGCGGAAGGUAAGAGCUGGGAAAUCAGCUUCAACUGCUAUGAUGCCAUCAAGGACUGUGACACCAUCUCCAAUUUGAAGGUGUCGUACCACAAGGAGUGGUCGUCCUACCGGUCGAAUGAAAAAUCGGAGGUGCCUUCGUUCACCUCCCAGUUGCUUAAGCAAGCAUCGCCAUCUCCCUCGCCCUCCGGUGAAACUCUCCAGUUGUCCGCAGUCAAGCCGUACGACUGGACAUACUCAACAAAGUACAAGGGGACCGUGGGAGGGCAAGGCCCGCAGUUUUCUCGCAACCAGGAGGCAGAGAUUCCAAUUUCCAAGCUCACGCGGCCGGAUCCCAUUCUCUACUUCGAUGAGAUGGUUUUGUAUGAGGAUGAAUUAGCCGAUAAUGGGAUCUCUAUUGUGUCGCUCAAGAUUCGCGUUAUGCCCACGUGUCUCUUACUUCUCCAGCGCUUCUAUCUCCGCAUCGACCAGGUGAUCUUCCGCAUUCGCGACACCCGUGUGUACAUUGAUCUUAACACGAAUGAGGUGAUUAGAGAGUACAAGGAGCAGGAGCUCCUGUACGAUGAGGUGAUGCGCAUGGCCAAGAACGACUUCAAGAGUGCUGGCGAUCCCGGGAAGUUGUUACGCGACCCUAACUGGUGUAGUCAGAUGUUGCCUGUGUUGCGCACCGAGCGUGAGUACUUGAAGAUCUAA